AUGGAAGAGAGCGAGGAGAGUGAAGAACUGAGUGAAGUGAAGGAGGAGAGAGAAGAACUGAGUGAAGUGGAGAAGGAACAUCAUGUCCAACCUGGAGGAAAACCCUUGAGUCGCUCAAAAACUAAAAAUAAUUUUUUAAAGAAACGAAGAGCCAAGAAAUCUUUCAACUGCAGUCAGUGUGGAAAGAGUGUCGACACCAAACAACAUCUUGAUGUUCACAUGAGGAUCCACACCGGAGAGAAGCCGUUCACAUGUGAUCAGUGCGGGAAGAGUUUCAGUCUAUCAGCAAACCUUAAUAUUCACAUGAGGAUCCACACCGGAGAGAAGCCGUUCACAUGUGAUCAGUGCGGAAAAACAUUUCUUAGUGCAUCAGAGCUGAAGAGACACCUGAGAGUUCACACAAAGGAGAAGCCGUAUUCAUGUUCUGUGUGUGGAAAGAGUUUUUCACGGCUGCAUCAUUUACAUGGACAUGAGAAAAUACACACUGGUGUGAGAGAGUACAUGUGCUUUGAGUGUGAGAAGACUUUUACUACAGCAAAGGAUUUAAAACUGCACCAGAGAAUUCACACUGGAGAAAAACCUUACAAGUGUUCACACUGUGACAAGAGAUUCAGUUCCUCAUCACAUCUGAAAACACAUGAGAGGAUCCACACUGGAGAAAAACCUUACAAGUGUUCACACUGUGACAAGAGAUUCAGUUCCUCAUCAUCUCUGAAAACACAUGAGUGGAUCCACACUGGAGAAAAACCUUACAAGUGUUCACACUGUGACAAGAGAUUCAGUCGGUCAUCACAUCUGAAAACACAUGAGAGGAUCCACACUGGAGAAAAACCAUACAAGUGUUCACACUGUGACAAGAGAUUCAGUGUGUCAUCACAUCUGAAAAAACAUGAGAGGAUCCACACUGGAGAGAAGCCGCACACGUGUGAUCAGUGUGGGAAGAGUUUUACACGAAAACAACACCUUCAAGGACACAUGAUGAUCCACACUGGAGAAAAGCCGUAUGCAUGUGAUCAGUGCGAAAAGAGUUACUCACAAAAGAAAAAUCUUAACCUUCACAUGAGGAUCCACACCGGAGAGAAACCAUUCACGUGUGAUCAGUGCGAAAAGAGAUUCUCAAAUAAACAAUAUCUUGACCUUCACAUGAGGAUCCACACUGGAGAGAAGCCGUUCACGUGUGAUCAGUGCGGGACGAGCUUUACACAAAAACCUCACCUUAAGAAACACAUGAGGAUCCACACUGGAGAAAAGCCGUAUGUAUGUGAUCAGUGCGAAAAGAGUUACUCAGAAAAGAGAAGUCUUGACCUUCACAUGAGGAUCCACACCGGAGAGAAACCAUUCAUAUGUGAUCGGUGCGAAAAGAGAUUCUCAAAUAAACAACAUCUUGACCUUCACAUGAGAGUUCACACCGGAGAGAAGCCGCACACGUGUGAUCAGUGCGGGACGAGCUUUACACAAAAACCUCACCUUAAGAGACACAUGAGGAUCCACACUGGAGAAAAGCCGUAUGUAUGUGAUCAGUGUGGAAAAGGUUUUGCAGAAUCAUCAAACCUUAAUGUUCACAUGAGAAUGCACACCGGAGAGAAGCCGUUCACAUGUGAUCAGUGCGGGAAAACAUUUUUUAGGUCAUCAGACCUGAAGAAACACCGGAGAGUUCAUACAAAGGAAAAGCCGUAUUCAUGCUCUGAAUGUGGAAAGAGUUUUUUAAACCAAAAAAAUUUAAAACUGCACAAGAGGAUCCACACUGGAGAAAAACCUUACAAGUGUUCACACUGUGACAAGAGAUUCAGUCUAUCAGAAUCUCUGACAACACAUGAGAGGAUCCACACUGGAGAGAAACCUUACAAGUGUUCACACUGUGACAAGAGAUUCAGCCAGUCACAACAUCUGAAAACACACAAGAGGAUUCACACUGGAGAAAAACCUCACAAGUGUUCACACUGUGAUAAGAGAUUCAGUCAGUUAAUAAAUCUGAAAUCACAUGAGAGGAUCCACACUGGAGAAAAACCUUACAAGUGUUCACACUGUGACAAUAGAUUCAACCAGUCGUCAUCUCUGAGAUCACAUGAGAGGAUCCACACUGGAGAGAAGCCGCACACGUGUGAUCAGUGCGGGACGAGUUUCUCUACUAAAAGUGGCCUGAAGCGACACAUGAAGAUCCACACAGUGGAGAAACCACAUCAGCACAGUCUGAGAUCACGACCUGAUGGAAGAACCAGAGAGAAACCUUACACAUGUGAUCAAUUCGGGAGGAGCUUCACGGAUAAAGGAAACUUUAAGAGACAGACGAGGAUCCACACUGGAGAGAGACCAUACACAUGUGGUCAGUGUGGGAACAGUUUCAUAAGUAAACAAAACCUUAAGAAUCAUAAGAGGAUUGUUGUAUUUCUAUACCGCUGUAACCUUAUAAAUCAUCCUGAAACAUUCCCAUAACCUGUUACAAUCAUAACUUUA